CUCAUUCUCGACGCGAACCAUAUAUUCACGCUUCGGACUCUGCUAACCACAACUCACCACGAAUGGCGGGGACCAAGACGAAGCUUUCUGCUAAGCCGCAGGGGAAGGACAUCCGGGGAUUCUUUGCUGGUGGCGGCGCAGGUAGUAGCAAGUCGGCUGGUAGUUCCAUGUCAACUCAACGCUCAAAUGUUUCUCUGAGACAAAGUGGAUCUUUCAAAUUAGAAACCAUCGAGAUCAGUGACGAAGACGAUGUCAAGUCAAGCAGCAAGCCUUCCGUCCCACCGAAGACUAUAUCGAAACAAGCUAAGCCGAAAAUUGAACGUGCCAUGGACGAGGAUGUUACAUCUAGCCCCGCCCCUACUCUUAAGCGCAAGAAGACGGUCGUCGUAUCGAGCGACGAAGAGGAUGAAGGGGACACGAAAGCCUCUCCGCCAAGGAAGAAACAGGCCAUAGCCACAUCGUCCUCGGCCAAGGCCAAGGCGACUUCCAGUACUCCGGCAUCAAAACCUACGCCCAAGGCCAAGGAGCCCGCUGCGCGCCGGACAAGUACCGCCACCAAGAAGCGAAAGCAAGACGACGACUUCAUUGCAUCCACCUCCGAGGAGGAAGAUGACGACUACCAGGACAAUGAAGCUGAUGAGUUGCCGAAGAAAGGGCAGGCGAAGGGCAAGCCUGUCCCCAAGAAGGCACCUCCCAAGAAGGCUGCUCCUGCGAAGAAGGCGACACCGGCCAAGGCAUCGACGAACACCAAAGCUAAAGCUGUAGCUAAGGAAGAACCGGUGGAGGUCGAUGAAGAGAAGCCGAAGCCUAAAUUCAACUGGGCGGCCGCGAGAGCGGCCAAAGCAGCAGGGCCUGUGGCUCCAGGAUCGAAGCCAAUACCGACCCCUGUGGCCCCGGACUGCCUUGCUGGCCUGUCGUUUGUGUUCACCGGCGAGCUGACCAGUCUAUCUCGUGAUGAGGCCAUCGAACUCGCGAAGCGCAACGGCGGUCGGGUAACGGGCCAGCCCUCGUCGAAGACUUCAUAUGUCAUUGUCGGGUCGGACGCAGGCCCCAGCAAACUUGCUGCGAUCAAGAAGAACAACUUAAAGACAAUCGACGAGGACGGCUUCCUUGAUCUGAUCGGGACUCGCGUGCCCGAUAUGCGCAAUCUGGACGACAAGACAAAGAAGAAACUCGAGAAGGAGAAAGAGGCGAUCCGAACUGCUGCAGCGGAGAUGGAGAAGCGGGAGAAGAAGGCGGCGAAAGCGAGCGUGGCCAGCGGGAGCACAGCCAAGAUCUCCGCGGAGGACAAACUCUGGACAGACCGGUAUGCUCCUCAGACAUUGAAGGAGAUAUGCGGAAACAAGGGCCAGGUCGAGAAGCUGCAGCGGUGGCUGCAUGACUGGCCAUCGAGUCUGAAGGCAAACUUCAAGAAGCCUGGAAAGGACGGCAUAAACGUCUACCGAGCAAUUAUGAUCACCGGCUCGCCGGGUAUCGGUAAGACCACGAGUGCGCAUUUGUGUGCUAAACUUGAGGGAUUUACUCCCAUUGAGUUGAAUGCAAGUGACGCUCGGAGUAAGAAGCUCGUAGAGAACAGCACAAAUAUCGCAAAUACAUCCCUUGACGGGUGGAUGGGAGGAGGACAGUUGACGAACGCUGCUGGUGUCACUAUCACCGACAAGUCCUGCCUUAUAAUGGACGAAGUAGAUGGUAUGUCCGCUGGGGACCGAGGAGGUGUAGGUGCUCUAGCUGCUUUGAUUAGGAAGACAAAGAUUCCAAUCAUAUGCAUCGCAAACGACCGAGGUGCUCCGAAACUCAAGCCUUUGACCAUGGUCGCCUUCAACUUGACCUUCAGAAAGCCAGAGGUUGCAUCCGUCCGCUCCAGGAUAUUGUCGAUCGCAUUCAAGGAGAAGAUGAAGAUACCGGCCAACGUUAUCGACCAGCUCAUUGAGGGCGCACAGUCCGACAUUCGACAGGUGUUGAACAUGCUAUCUACAUGGAGGUUGCAAAACAAUACGAUGGACUUCGAUGAGGGAAAGGCACUUGUCAAGAUGAAUGAGAAGUAUGCGAUCAUGACGCCGUUCAACAUUAUUCAGAAGAUGCUCGGGCCGUACAUGUUUUCCUCAACUUCAAGAGAAACUCUCAAUGAUAAGAUGGAGCUCUACUUCCAUGACCAUUCAUUCGUCCCGCUAUUCGUCCAGGAGAAUUACUUGAAGACUCACCCGGCAAGAGUGAAGAACCUGGACGGGCCAGAGAAGGUUCUAAAACACCUGGAACUCAUGGAUAAAGCUGCUGCGUCCAUAUCAGAUGGCGAUUUGGUUGACUCGUUGAUACAUGGACCCGAACAGCACUGGUCGCUGAUGCCAUUGCAUGCUGUCUGCUCGACAGUCCGCCCGGCAUCGUUCCUCUACGGUAUGGGCGCGACAUAUGGAGGGCCCAACGCUAUGUCGUUCCCACAGUGGCUCGGGCAGAACUCGAAACAAACCAAACUUACGCGACAACUCACUGAGGUCCAGGCGCGCAUGCGAUUGCACGUCUCUGGAGACAAGGCUGAGAUCCGGCAGUCUUACAUCCCUGCGAUGUUCCCUUACCUCGUGAAACCUCUUGCAGAACAGGGCGCGAGCGCAGUGGACGACAUCAUUGAGCGGAUGGAUGACUAUUUCAUCUCUCGGGAGGAUUGGGACACGAUCGUGGAGCUUGGUGUCGAUCAGAAUAAGGACAGUCUUGUGCUCAAGGAAAUAUCGACAGCUACCAAGACCUCUUUCACCAAGAAGUACAACUCGAGGGAUCAUCCAAUCCCCUUCCACAAGGCCGCAGACCUAGGCAAGGUGCCCAAGAAGCUUGCCGCAGCUGGACCCCUCCCUGAUCUGGAAGAGGCUUUAGAUGUGGAUGAUGACGGGGAGGGUGUUGCCGAGGAGGUCGAAGAGGCUUCCGACGAUGAUGUCUCAAAGGACAAACUCAUUAAGGCACCCAAGAAAGCGGCCGCUAAGUCGGCAACCACGGCAAAGGGGAAAGCUAAGGCCAAGAAGUGAUUGGAUAUGUAUCUGUCUCCAUCCAGUGUAUCGUAGUACUAUAAGCUUGUUUAGUGUCUUGCUUUUUGGUGUAAUGAUCGUGUUUGACUGCAACUUCCAUGGGUAUCGGUGCUCGAUAUAAGUUGGGUAUAUAGUGAAGAACCCGGUUUGUCAGUCGC